AUGAUAAAUUAGGAAUUGAACGAGAAAUAUUAAGACAUUAAUGAGGGAGAUAGUUAUGGAGAUGUUUCAUUAAUAGAAUAGUCAUAGAAAACAAAUCGAUAAUGGAUGAAAGUGUGUCAAAUCAAUGAAUCAACAAUUGGAUAAACUAUUUUAGUGAGAGCUAGGAUUCACAAUUCUAGAAUUAAAGGAAAAAUUGCUUUUUUAGUUCUCAGAGAGAAUUGGUAUACAAUCUAAGCUGUUUUAACGAAAGGAGAAAAAAUAAGUUCACAAAUGAUUAAAUAUACAGGAGCAAUCACUUUAGAGUCUAUUGUUGACAUAGAAGCUGUUGUUUUAUAACCAAAUUUUUAGAUCAAGUAUUGUACUUAAUAAGUGGAAUUACAUAUAUAAACUAUUAGAGUAAUAAGUAGAUCAAUUCCUAAAUUGCCAUUUCAAAUUGAAGAAGCUUCAAGAAAAAUUGUUGAUUAUUACUCUAAUUUGUAACAGUAAAAGUAGAAUGAAGAUAAAUAGGAAAACAAACAGUUAAUCUAAAGUCAAGAUUACCAAAUAUCUUAAAAUUAAAGAUUAAAUAAUAGGGUUCUUGACUUAAGAACUCCUGCUAAAUAGGCCAUUUUUCGAGUUAAAUCAGGAAUAGCUUUAUUAUUUAGAUAAUUCUUAAUAGAAAAGGGAUUUGUCGAGAUUCACACUCCAAAAUUAUUAGGAUUUAAUACAAAAGAUAGCUAUUGCAAUUUUAAAUUAUAGUACUUUAAUUAUCAAGCAUUUUUAUCCUAAUCAUCUUUUAAACAUAAAUAAAUGAGUCUAAUGGCUGAUUUUGAUAAAGUUUUUGAAGUAUCUCCAGUAUUUCGAGCACUUCAUGGUAACACUCAUAGAUAAUUAUGUGAAUUUAUUUGUAUGGAUUUAGAAAUGGUUAUCAAGGAACAUUAUUCUGAAUUGCUAGAUCUAACAGAAGAAUUAUGUCUAUUUAUAUUGAAUGGAAUUGAGAAAAAGUUUGAUUAAGAAAUUUAAAUCAUUGCAUAGUAGUUUUAGUUUGAACCUAUUAGGAUUUGCUACCCUAUUAUCAAAUUAAAGUAUUGUGAUGCAAUAAAAUUACUUCAAGAAAUUGGGACUGUUUAAAGUCCUUCAUAUUAUUUUGACAUUGCAAAUUAAAUGUAAUUAGGAAAAUUAGUAAAAGAGAAAUAUGGAACUGACGUUUUCAUUUUGUAUGAAUUACCAAGAGAAAAUUAACCUUUCUAUAUUAUGCCAUGUAAAAUGGAUCCUAAUUUUACUUUAUCUUAUAAAUUCGUUUUGAGAGGAGAAGAAAUCGCAUCAGGCCAUUAAAGAAUUCAUGAUCCAGAAUAUUUAAUUAAUUAAUUAAAAGUUAUAGGGCAAGAUACUCAAAUAUUAAAAGGCUACGUUGAUUCAUUUAGGUAAAAUAUAAUUCUAUAUUUAAAGAUAUGGAUCCUAUCCUCAUGGAGGAUGUGCAUUUGGUUUAGAAAGAUUUCUAUAUUUAUACUUUGAUUUAAAAAAUAUCAGAAAUGUAAGUUUGUUUCCAAGAGAUUCAAGUAGAUUGUUUCCUUGA